GUGUGGGCAAGAGAUAAAGCCAGAUACGAAGAAAACAUUUAGAAACAGCUCGGUAUUAAUAAGUGUAGACGUUGCAUACUAUGUAGUAAAAAUAUGACUUGUAUCGGUAUUUCACACGUUUGAAGCUGUGGAGUGUAGAGUACACCCUGCCAGGAGUAAAGAUGGAGGGGAGCGCCUCCUGAGCGUCAUCACUUCCGGGAGCGGCUGGGCGCGGGAUUCGGAGGACAGCUGGAGCUAUACACUGAAUCGGCAUGUUCUGUGAGAAAGCCAUCGAGCUGAUCCGGGAGCUACAGAGAGCUUCAGAGGGACAACUGCCGGCCUUCAACGAAGAUGGAGUCAGGCAGAUACUUGAAGAGAUGAAAGCUUUGUAUGAACAGAAUCAAACAGAUGUUAAUGAAGCAAAAACAGAAGGUCGAAGUGAAUUAAUACCAACCAUUAAGUUCAGACAUUGCUGCCUAUUACGAAACCGACGCUGCAUUGUUGCAUAUCUUUACGACCGCCUGCUUCGGAUUCAAGCGCUUCGCUGGGAGUAUGGCAGCGUGCUACCAAAUGCCCUCAGGUUUCAAAUGUCAGCAGAAGAGACUGACUGGUUUAAUCAGUACAAGAAAUCCCUGGCAACCUAUAUGAGGUCUCUGGGAGGAGAAGAAGGUCUGGACAUAACACAAGAUAUGAAGCCUCCUAAAAGCCUGUACAUAGAGGUGCGCUGCUUAAGAGAUUACGGUGAAUUUGAAAUUGAAGAUGGUACAACAAUUCUGCUAAAGAAAAAUAGCCAGCAUUUUCUGCCAAGAUGGAAAUGUGAGCAGCUGAUCCGACAAGGUGUUCUAGAGCAUGUGUUGUCUUAGAAAUUUGCAGAUUAUUUUUUUUCUAAUAAUUAGGCCUGUAUUGUAUACUUUGUAAAUAUGAAUUUGUACUUUGAUAAAAAUCUAUUUGGGA